AUGCACGUCUCCAUGCAACCGUCUUCGUCCCUACCACGAGGUCUCCAGGCUCCGUCUUCCUUUGGUGCGCGAAGAUCGAUAUCUCACGACCUGGCCCGGUUCUCCCUCGACCUGGAACGAAGACCUGUACACAAGGUGCCAUACCCGUCGCCUCCAAUGUCGCACUCCCCGCCGCCAUUAAACCCACAGCCUUCCGACGACCAGCGGCUGCAUCAACAUCACCACCAGCACCAACACCACCACCAACAUCACCACCACAACGACAACAACAGCAAUAACAACAACAGCGACAGCAACGACAGCAGCAAUAAUGCCAACAAUAAUCCGACAUACUACCCUUCAACCGCUGCCCAGCCUCAACCUAAUUACGGCUCCUAUCGAUAUCCGCAGGAACAGCAACAACAGCAGCAGCAAUACCACCAACCGCAGCAGGACCACAGUCGCAACCACCACCAUCACCACCACCAACAGCAGCAGCAGCCGCAACAGCACCACCACCAUCACCAUCACCAACAGCAGCAGCCACAGUCGACACCGUUCAGCGUCGGAGCUUCGUCGCCAAGGGAGCCAGAGAGCUUUCCCGCACCGUUCCCGUCGAUAACCGGUGAGCAAUUCUCGCCCUCGGUACCGUCGCCGUCCGGAAGGUCGCCAUUCGUACCGCAGACGAGCUUCUCAGCUCCGCCACCUCCUAGAAGGCCAAAGUCCCAUGUGGCUUCAGCUUGCGUCAAUUGCAAGAAGGCCCAUCUGGCUUGUGACACCCGUCGACCUUGUCCCCGAUGCGUAGGAUUAGGCAAGCAGGAAACCUGCAUUGAUGUUCAACAUAAGAAGAGGGGUCGACCAAGGUUACGGGAUGAUAACAGAGCGCAUAGCUUCGAGGCUCAGAUGCAGCGUCCUGGUAUCUACUCGUCGCCGUCGUCGCCGUCGAUAUCGAUUCCGACUCGUAACGGAAUGAAUAGAAUCCUGAAAUCCCAGCCAGGCCGCCGUCAGUCCUUGCAGGAGGACAUACUCGGUCGUGCAUCCAAUUAUUCUGACCAGCGACGGUCAUCCAAAUUCAACCUUCCUCCGAUAUCUGAUGCUACAGCUUACCUGACAACGGAGCUGGUCGUCGCAAAGUCGACCGACGAUAUGAGGGAGCUGCUCGGGUACUCGGCAGCGGAGCUCGACUGCCAAAAGAGCCUGUUCGAUAUCGUCCUGGAUUCCGACCGGGCCAAAGUGGAUCACCUGGCGACCAGAAUCAACGAAGAGAUCCGGGAGAGGAGGAAGCCCCAGGAGUGGCUCGCCGGGCAUCAGUUGUAUGCGACAAUACAGGCCGUCAGUGAAGUUCAAAUUGCAGCUGCAACGUAUGGAACGAGUACUCACUCGGAAGCCCUUCAUCUGCGGCGCCCGGAUGGUAACUUCAUCCGUAUACGGAUCCGCGCUCAGGUGGCCUUCGUUUCGGUUGCUUUCGUUGUGAUGACGUUCUCCCUCGCCAACGAGAUGCCGCCUCCUCUUCAGCUCAACCACAGUGCAUCCUACUCCAAUCUGAGCUCGCUCCGUACUCCGACACCGAGCACCACACCAUCGCUCCAGUCGCCUUCGUUUCUGACAUCGAGCCACGUGCUCCAGCUGCAAGGCGGCCCUUUCGGUCCCCAAUCCCCUUAUUCGCAUGCUGGGAUAUCAUCGACAUCUCCCGUGGAGUCGCGACCGCGAACCAUGCAACAUGAACCACCGUAUCCGCCGUUGGGACAGUACUCGAAUUCAUCUCAGUCUCCGGCGUCCUCCAAUUUCUACCGGCCGCCAGUAUCACCGGCAACCCUCACGCCGACGGGGUCCACCAGUUCGUCUAUCUCGGGACCGCAUACCUCCGGGCACCAGCAGGAGGAUCUUCAACUCCCACCACUGAAGCUGAACUCUGUGCCGCAAUAUGGAAAUAGGAUGAGGACCAGCAUCAUCGCACCGGAGGAGCCGAGGCGGAUCGAGAUGCCAAAGAGAGAGCGCAUAGGAGUUCGCGAGAUGCUAGGAUGA